CCAGUGACCAUGAUGAACUUCAUACAAGUCAGUGUCAACAAUGCUAUGUGCUAUCUGUUAUUGUUUGUGUGCCUAGUGAGUGGCCUUGACCAUGGGUCGGCCAGCGACAACCUCGUUCAAACCAACGACCAUCACUUCAAAAAGGAUGGACAAUCUAUUAAUUAUGUGAAACAGAUGUUGGACCAGCGGUGUGGCAGACGCUACAGCAUGCCUUGUUUAAAGUUGGAUUUGUUGAAACUGGUUGAUCGGCUCGAGAUGGACACCGAUUUCCAGAUUCUGCCAGGAGUCCACGUGACCAGGUCGCCGAAAUUUGCCAAACGAUCUGACAAUGACAUCUUCCAGGAGAGAGCCGACGCCAGUCUGGACAGCUACUUGUUCUCCAGAUUUGCGAAUUACCUCAACUCGUUAUCAGUCAACAUCAAGAUACUUGAUCCCAGUCUGGUGAAGACUGCUAAGCGAUUUGGGGAGGAGGUGUUUGGGAGCACUGAUACUGACAAUACUUUCACGGGACGUAAGAAGAAGUACAGCCACGCGCUGGCGACGGCCGGCCUGAUGUCAGGCGGCUCGAUGCUGGCGGCCGGCUUGAUGACCCUGGCGGCCAUGGCGGGAAAAGCGCUCAUGAUGUCGAUGAUGGCGCUGCUGCUCACCGCCAUGUCCGCCAUGAAAGGCGGCGGCGACCAGGAGAAGAAAAGCACUACUUACGAGAUCAUCACCAAGCCAGUCGUCACUCAUGCACACACCCACAGCUCUGAGGUACAACAUGUGGAUGGAGGACAUGGUCACGGAGCUUCGCACAGUGGUUACGGCUACGCGAGAAGUAUGGCGUUUACGCCUGUCUAUCCUCUCGUGAGGAGCAUACCCAAAGAUUCCUCAACCAGCGACAAGGAACAGCAGCCCUAUCGAGCCCACGAUCCAGACAUCGACUACAAAAUACAAUCGUUAAAAGAAGAUAAAAAUAAGUCGCGAUGUUGCUUUGCCUCCAGGUGUGUCAGCAUGUGCGCGAAUACCGGCGUCCCGACACUUUUCGCCAUUAUUAUUUGCACUUUGGCUGUCGUUGCCAGAGCCAACGUUCUCCCUGAACAAGUGAUAGACGCCACCGAUGAUCGCAACGACACCGCGACGCAUGGUGACAUCGCGACGGAUGCUGACACUGCGACAAACGGUGACACCGCGACGGGUGGUGACACCACUAGCAACCACACCACUCUUGUGCUUCAGCCUGUCGCUCCCAACCAAUCGUUCACUACCACUAAGCUUCUUUUGAAAAAGACUUGCCAGCAAGAAUACUCGUCGGGCUGCCUGAAGCUGGAUCUGAUCCGCAUGAUGGACAAGCUGGAGGCAUCGGGUCCGCUGGAGCUGCUACCCGGGGUGACCCUAGUCCGAGCGCCGACUCUGGACGCCAAGUCGCUGUCGGCUGCCACCGCCCUGCCGGACGCAGAGUCGCCGCGACUCGACAACUACCUCUACAAGCGAGUCAACUCCUACCUCAAGUCGCUCGCGCUCAAUGUGCAGAUACUCGACUCCAACAUCCUCAACAAACUGAAGCGGUUCGGUGAAGGCGCAACUGAGCUGUUUGUUCCUGACUCCAAUUCCGUAACAGGCAGGAAGAAGAACCGCAACUGGCAGGCGUUCUGGCUGGCCGGUCUGUUGUCGGCGGGGACCAUGCUGGCGAUGGGCAUGAGCACACUGUCUGCGAUGGCGGGCAAGGCGCUGAUGACGUCACUCCUCGCCCUCGUCCUGGCAGGGUUCGCGGCACUCAAGGGCCAUCAGGACGACAAGAAGACCACCACCUACGAGAUUAUCACGCGGCCCAUCUACACACACGGCCACAAGCACGGCGACGCCCUGGCCGAUGCUCAGAUGAUGGCGCCGUCGCACGGGCACACGCAUCACAUGCAGAUGGCGUCGGGCGCGCCCAGUUACACCUAUCGGCGCAGCAUCGACUUCGGCCGCCCUGCCACCUACGACUACUCUACGCCCAGCGAUUCUCGUCCUUGAACACAUGAAUUAUUCAACUUAUAAAGGUUAUUACAGCUGUUCAGAAAAGAAUACUGUGAUUACAUGAAAAAGUUCUAUGCUAAUAAGAAUAAUGAUUUCCACAGGAAAGUAAAUUUAUUAAGAUACAACACACAAUCACUAGUAAAGUGUAUCACAACCUCACAGUAUUUCCGAUGCUUGUAGAACUUCAGGCUAUGCUAGUGCAGGGGUGCCCACAGUGUGUUUAAACGCAGACUGCGUACUUGAAUUUUUUUGGGGGGGUCUCGGAAUCAGAUAGUGAGGGAUUCCAAAAUAGGUCAGCAUAGUGCUUAAAAUUACUACUACUAUGUUUUGAGUUUAUGGAGGGGGAUUGGGAAAUGAUUUUCUCUGAAUUUAGGGGAAGUGCGUCUACUAGAUGAAGGUUGGGGGGAGGUAGGCAUCCCUGGUUAUUGUAAUGAUUCAAAUUGGGAUUUUUCGUUUUACAAAACUUAUUUCAGGGAAAUAAAUUGAAUGAAUACAAGUUCAGAUUAAUGGAAUCAUUUGAGAUUUUAAAUUUUGCUCAGAAUGAUGCUUACAUAGGUCGUGUGAGUAGGGAUGCCAUGAGGCAUGAGGAAUGUUGUGAGAGAUUUGUUAUCCCACAGUUUUAGGUGCGAACAACUGGCAACUGGCAGCCUGUAAGUCUGGUAUCAAGCAGACACCCCAUCAAUGAGAGAUAACCAAUAUCAUAUAGCAAAAAUAAUGGGCAUGGCGUUUAACUCAAUCUUUGAGAUAAGACAGUGCUGCUCAGGGGGAUAAGCAUACUCCCCAAAUGCUUAGUAUCUCUAUAGACUUGACUCCUGGUGAUUGCUUAGUAACUCUGCAGAUGUCAGAUUUGUUUGGUUGUUGAGCUCUACUUGCCAAGAAGCUUUGUGCAUCUCUUUUAGCUAUUUCUCUGUUGUGUGGAAUAAAUUUUCCAUUUCAGAUUAGGAUAUACCUAAGUCCUACCAAAAUGAAUAAUAAUGGAGGAAAUUUUAAUAACAAUUACUUUUCGAGUAAUGUUAUAUACACUAUAAAGACAAAAAUGUUCUUGAUAAAUUACUUUGUUUGUAACAAAAAAUUUUCCUAACCACAUUCAAGGUGAAAAAAGUAUUCUAUGAUAAUAUUGUUACUAGUAUUGUUUGUAGAUAGGUGUAAAGUUAUAACUGUAUGUUGAUUGUUGAAAUAAAUGAUAUUACGA